AUGAGCGUACUUUUCGAGACGACUUUAGGAGACGUGGUAAUUGAUGUCGAUUGUAAGGCUUAUUCGGUGGAAGCCUUCAAUUUCAUCAAGCAGUGCAAGAGCGGUUUCUUCAAGUAUCAAUGUUUCUACAACCUAAAUAAAGACUACUCAAUAGAAUGCGGAGACGCUUUGGUUGGGAAUGAAUUGCGAAACACUCUGAGAAUACACAAUGCCUCAAUUCAUGGUCUUCUUAGCGUAGAAAAACCGAUGUCUGGCGAAGUAGUCAAAUCGUCGCAAGAGUAUCAAAAAUUUAGACAGGCGAAGCUGGGGGACGUCGCAUACCUCACGUCGCUCUUGGAGGACAAUGUGCCCGUUGUGGGCUCAAAAUUCAUGAUUUCACUGGCAGAUCACCUUAGUUCGUACGACGACAUUGUUGUGUUCGGUAGCGCGAGCACUGAAAGUUUGGCCGUACUGAGAGCCUGGAACGCACAGACGGUCGAUGACGCCAAGAGACCAAAAGUUGAUAUACGCAUCAAAGAAGUGCAUGUAUUGCACGAUCCAUAUCCAGAUCCCAACGGGUUUCAAAAAUUCGAUGUGAGUCUGCCCCGAGGCGACGUAAGACUUCCGCCCAAUAUGUUGUCCCAGGCCGCCAAAGAGCAGUCUGAACAGCAGCGUGCAAGAGAAAUACGUAGCAAGGAGCUAACUCUUGAGAUUCUGGGCGAUAUCCCCCAUGUAGGAAUCAAGCCCUCCGAGAGAGUGCUAUUCGUCUGCAAGCUUAACAGAAUGACACGAGCCAAAGAUCUAGCGGUGAUAUUUCAUCGUUUUGGAUUAAUCGACACCAUUGAAAUCGUGCACGACAAAGAGACAGGAUCGUCGUUGGGUUACGGAUUUAUAGAGUUUGCGAACAAGAAGUCGUGCGAAACGGCUUAUGCCAAGAUGGAUGGCGUGUUGAUCGACGAUCGCAGGAUUCACGUCGAUUUCUGCCAAAGUGCUAAGAAGCUCAAUUAUUCAUGA